CCUUUGCACACUUCAUGGUGAAGAGGACCCAGUGUGUAGUGAGUGUGUAAGAGACUGAUGUGUAAACACAGAGUAUCUGGUUAAAAGAGUCGUCACAUCGCUGUGGAGGACAAUAAACAGUGAUGUAAAUGAAAUGAGCAGUAAAUCGGGGGCGUCUAUAAGAAGUAUAGAGUCGGAAAAAGCUGGAUAAUUAUCGCGUCAUGACUCUGAAGAGAAAGUUACUGUCAAAGACUAAUGUUUGUGACGUAAAGAAGAGACUCCAUCAACCGGAGGAUGGAGGCAGAGGCAGAGACAGAGGCAGAGACAGAGACAGGGACAGAGACAGGGACAGAGACAGAGCUGAGGGCACCAGUCAAGCUCCCAGUUGCAGUCAGUACUUUCCCAGUAAAGCUGAUAAUGGAGCCAGACUGAGAUCCGACUUCUUUAACCAGCCAUGUGUUGAUUUAGCCAAAGCCCUCUUGGGUAAGGUGCUGGUACGCAGGCAUUCUGACGGCACGGAGCUGAGAGGCAGGGUGGUGGAGACCGAGGCUUACUUGGGCGGCGAAGACAAGGCAUCGCACUCGGCUGGUGGUAAGCGUACAGAAAGAAACGCGGCUAUGUUCAUGAAGCCUGGCACCAUCUACGUCUACCCCAUUUACGGCAUCUAUCUGUGCAUGAACAUCUCCAGCCAGGGAGAAGGGGCAGCCGUGCUGUUACGUUCCUUAGAGCCACUCCAGGGUCAGGAUGUCAUGAGGAGGCUACGGGCUUCCAAACGUAAAGAAGGCGCCAAGACAGUGAAGGACAGAGAGUUAUGUAACGGCCCGUCUAAGCUGUGCCAGUCUCUGGACGUCCAGCGCUGCUUCGACCGCAGAGACCUGGCCUCAGAUGCUGAUGUGUGGUUAGAGGUGGACACGCAGUGGGUGACACCUGGAGAAAGCGAUGUGGUUUCAGCCCAUCGGAUUGGAAUCGAGUCCCACGGAGAAUGGGCCACCAAACCGCUCCGAUUUUACCUGCGAGGUCACCGUUGUGUUAGUGUGGUGGACAGAGCGGCUGAAAGCAAGCAGCAGGAAGUUAAUAUGUCCCGUACAAACCGAGACGGAAAGAAAGACUUAGCGUUGCCAUAACGACAGCAGUCAGUAAUAUUAGGAAGCAUUCUCACAAUGAUUUGAGGUGUUGUGUAAUAAAUCUCCUGUCUUUUAUGCUCUGACUUCA